ACAAUUGCCUAUAAACAUCGAUCGUGUGUUGCUCUAUUUACCAAACGAAUAUAGACACAUCUCCUCGUGCAUAAAUAUGGUGCGCAUUUCAAUGUCUUUACCUCCUCAAUAGCCUAUACGGUCACUGUCAGUAAAGUGACAAAGGAAAUUCAAGAUGGACUUGCCAGAUCAACUAAAACCCACACAGGUAGGCUGGCCAGGGCGUGGCCGCAUAUACAAGAAGUGAACGAGAAGCCGUUCACGCAUGCGUGAGCCAGAAAGUGCGUUUUAGAAUGAUUACUGGAGGCGAGCGGGAGAGAGAUUAUGCGGGCAGUACACAACUGUUGUUUUAAUCCCCAGAGCGGAGAGAUUUAGCACAAAAACACGGGCUUUUCCCCUCGCGGCCAUAUUGUAUGGACAAUCGGUGCAAAACGCAGUAUUCUAGCUGCAAAAGUCACUUUGGAGUCAACCUUUUCAAGACUUGGCAGUUUGGGAAAAUUUGUUUUUAAACUCACUGGCUGUCGGAUUCCGUUUAACAUCUCGCUAGCCGUCCAGCUGGCUAGCAUUUCACCGAUUUGGGAUCCGAUUUUUUAAGAGAAAAUACUAUACAUUACUUUAUACAUUUGUAGCUUUUUUAAAUAAACAGUUGUCAAGAUGAAGGACCGAUUGGAGCAACUUAAAGCGACAUGUGACAAUGACGACGAUGAAGUGGAAAUUUCAAUUGACAAUGCAGCUUUUAUGGACGAGUUCUUCUCUCAGAUUGAGGACAUCCGGAACAGUAUUGAUAAGAUUGAUGAGAACGUGUGUGAAGUCAAGAAGCUCUACUCUGUUAUCCUGUCGGCACCAACAUCGGACCAGAAAACGCAGGAUGAUUUGGAAGCUGUCACCAACGACAUCAAGAAGAUGGCUAACAACGCCCGCAACAAACUUAAAACCAUCGAGAGGAAUCUGGAAUCCGAGGAAGAGGAGAGGGUUUCGGCCGACAUGCGAAUACGCAAAUCACAGCAUGCAGUGUUGUCCAGGAAGUUUGUGGACGUGAUGACCAAGUACAACGAGGCCCAAGUGGACUUCAGGGAGAGGAGUAAAGGACGCAUCCAGAGACAACUGGAGAUCACUGGCAAAGCCACAACAGAUGAGGAGCUGGAGGAGAUGUUAGAGGGCGGGAACGCUGCCGUCUUUACCUCGGGGAUCAUGGACUCUGGGAUAUCGAAGCAGGCCCUUAGUGAGAUCGAGGCGCGGCACAAAGACAUCGUUCGUCUGGAGAGCAGUAUCAAGGAGCUCCACGACAUGUUCGUAGACAUCGCCAUGCUGGUGGAGAGCCAGGGUGACAUAGUCAACAAUAUAGAGGUGCAAGUGUCUAAAGCUGUGGACCAUGUAGAGGUGGCUAAGUCGGAGACUAAAAAAGCCAUUAAGUACCAGAGCAAAGCACGCAAGGGAGGAAUGAUUGACAGGAUUGAGAGCAACAUGGACCAAUCGGUGGGCUUCGUAGAGCGUGCGGUAGCGGACACUAAGAAAGCUGCCAAAUUUCAGCAGGAGGCCCGUCGUAAAACAAUCAUUAUUGUGGUGGUCUGUGUUGUCCUAGCCGUAUUCAUCCUUGCCGUCAUCCUAUCACAGACAGUGGGGAAAUAGUGGGAUCUCGCCCCUCAUCCAAGGUCACCUUCCUUCAUCAUCCUUACAUCCUACCCUCCCGCUGUUGUCGUGUCAAAGUGAGGGAUGACGACUCAACUCAUCACUCCCCUCGCGCCAGGGACUCUUUCCUCUCUAUUAUUGUCCAGCUGACCAAUAGAAAAGAGCCUAGCCAGUGAGACUUCCUGGUUGAAGCAGGCUGCUGUGACCACUCAGGGGGCUGAGUGGGAAUUUUGGCUGGAAGAGAAACUGGGGGACCAGAGCUGAGACUGGUUAUGUGCCUCCAAGGCCAACAAAAUGCAAUCGGAGAAAGUGGACAACUUUACACUGACGCAAACUGAAAUGUGCCUUCUUUUUUUUUUAUUCUCUGAACUGCUAUCUAUUUGUCCAGUAAUGUGAUUUUUCUUGAUUUGGACUGAAGUUAAUCAGUGACACUUCUGUGCGCAUUGCAAAGACCUCCAUCCACUAUUUGUUCCCUGCCCCCUGCUUUGCCCUGUCAUCUUGCCAUUCAUGUCAUGGUUGAAAAGUAGUAAGCCUUCCACAGCCCCCCCCCCCCCCAAAGCCAGAGGACUGGUUUAUUUAACCUAUGAUUUUUGCAUUGAGGGGAAGCUAGUGGAUUACUCUUCGCUCUGUGUGAAAGCAAUGACUCUGCAUAUAUUUUAACCCCACUUGAAUAGCAGAACACAUCUUACCUCUGAGGCUUUGGGAGAGACCUUUAGUCUGAGAUUUGAUUUGCUCUUAAAGCCUACGUUAAUAGUCUGUCCAAUGCAAUCGUGUUCAAAUCUCAGACACACUGGCCAAUGACAAGCCUGUAAUUGAGACACUGAGGGUCUGGUAAUGCUGUACAUUUUUAUAUUCAAAAUGUAUUUGAAAUAUAAUCCAACUUCACCAUAGUAUUACGGUGGAUGACAGAGUUUAUAAUGAAUGAAUAAAAUAUUUAUUGGUUUGGUCGAAA